GCCGUGCAUUGUGGGACUCUAGCAACCGAGUGCGCGAAACAUUAUUAUUAUUAUCAAAGUAAUGAAUUAAAUUGUGAUUUGGGGUGCUAAAUGCGAUAGAAUGUAACAAUGGCCCCGUUUAUAAUGUCAUAGCCAUGUCCCUAGGGUAAUGUGACUGUUUUAGUGGCAGAAAUUUGGCUUUAUUUCAUUAAUCUGUUUUAGUAGUAGAGGUAAUUUAGCGGAGGCGCGUUCACACGUCCCUGCAUUUUUCUGUUAAAAUAGGUACAUGCCAUGUUUUUGGUGACUGUAUUCAGAGUUUACUGAUGACCUACAUUGCUGGUACUUUAUUUUGCUGAAGGGUGAGAUUUGCAUGUCAUAUUUAAGCCAGAGAAGAGCAAACACUGGGGGAAAGCAGCUUCACAGCAUCGCUUCGGUUCGUGUCUCUUUAAACCCCGUACAGCAGCUCGAUAGGCAGCCUUCACUAGCUCCGUCUAAAUCCAGGUGUGAAUAGAGGUUUAAAAAUGGCUUCAUCGUCUGGAAACGAUGACGAUUUGACCAUCCCGAGAGCAGCCAUCAACAAAAUGAUUAAAGAGACUUUGCCCAACGUGAGAGUGGCUAACGAUGCCCGUGAGCUGGUGGUAAACUGCUGUACUGAGUUCAUCCAUCUCAUCUCCUCCGAAGCUAACGAGAUCUGCAACAAGUCUGAGAAGAAGACCAUCUCUCCAGAACAUGUCAUCAAUGCACUUGAAAGUCUCGGCUUUGGAUCGUACAUCACAGAAGUGAAGGACGUUUUGCAGGAAUGUAAAACAGUGGCACUGAAGCGGAGAAAGGCCAGCUCGCGCCUGGAAAACCUCGGCAUCCCAGAGGAGGAGCUUCUACGUCAGCAACAGGAGUUAUUUGCCAAGGCGCGGCAGCAACAGGCCGAGCUGGCACAGCAGGAGUGGCUGCAGAUGCAGCAGGCGGCGCAGCAGGCACAGUUAGCAGCCGCCGCAGCAGCUUCAGCCAGCGCAGGUCAAAACACCCGGUCUUCCCAGGAAGAAGAUGAAGAGGAUGACAUGUGAUUCUUCAGUCUCUCUCUCUCUCUUUUUCCCUCUCACCCUUUCUCUUUCGUCCCUCAGUAUCCGUUUAUAUUGACUUUAUAGAAAGUACGAUGCCCGGGCGGUAGACAUGUCAUAUUUCUUUAGUUUAGUUAUUUCAAACUAGGCUUCAAACGUCGUUUCUUUAGUUUUUUAACCAGAAAUUCAGUUUCCCAGUUUUGUGAAUGAAAAUUUUUAUGGCGGCAUAGGUUUUCUUCUGUGCGUUUAUAUAUGAUGUAUUGGGGUCAUGAGACGUGCUACAUUUUGAAGUUAUCUUUUGAGUGUUUAAAUUUAUGAGCCUCCUACAGAUAUCUUGCUUUUUUGUUGGGUUCAAAUUGUUACGAGUUAAAUUAAUUUUUUUUUUCUUUAGGAAAUUGAUUUUUAUAUUAAUGGUCCUUUUCCGGUCUCACUCUGACAGAGACUGCUGAUCUGGGGGAGAAACAGUUGUAAUGUAAGACACUUCUUUUUUUUUUUUUUGGUUGUUUGCUUGUUUGCUUGUUUUACUUUGUCAGUAAGAAUACAGCCUAUGUCAUAUGCAGCUUUUGUUUGACCCGUAUUAAACAGUAUUGAAACAAGAACACUGAAAUAUCUCUGUAGUACCAAAGAUGGAGAGAAACGUUAGCAACCAGAGUCUCACCAAAACCUCAGACAGUCUUGGCUCAUCUGCCGAAUGGUUACUGACGGUGCCAAACCACGCCACCCUCAGUUUGUUAAGCAUUUUUAUCUGAACGGAUUGUUUCUGUUCCUCUGUAUUUCUCUGGUGCAAUGUUUAGAACCCGCAUUGUGAAUGUCCGCUGACUCUUGUGCUGAUUGGUGAGUUUUUGUUCAGGUGCGCAUUCACACGAAGCUGUAAGCUGUAUUCUCUAAGCAAUAAAAGUCAACAUGUUUUAUAGGAA